AUGGGCAUACCGUACAGGAUAUUAGCAUUGCUGUUACUUACAUGGGAAGCUUCUGCUCAGGAGGCAAAUGCUCUUAUAGCCGGUGAUAGCAGCUUUAUUGGUGCUCCGGGUGUCAAGGCUAGAUUGACCCUCUCCGGUGUGACGGCCGUCGCCAAAAUGGUCGCAAAAACUUUAGCAUCAGAAAUUGCGCAAGCCGAUCAUAUUGUGACGUCUCCGGCUGUCAAGCUUGGUCAAACACAAAUGAUGGCUAAUUCGCCGAGGUUAAAGUUAUUUAAUGAUGUCAAUCAGGUUACGGUAGAUAUGGUGCCGAUCGGUGCUCUAACUGCACAUAUCACGAAUGUUAACGCAAGUGUCCCAUUCGAUGUUUCCGGAACUUUCAACGGAAUGCCCGUUUCCGGGGAAUUUGAACUUCUCUCCUCUGGAUUCGGAAUGGAUGUCACGCUGUCAAUCAAACGAAACCCCCGAGGCAAUCCUCUGAUCACGAUCCUCUCAUGCCGUGCCAUCCCUCCACGUGCUCCCCUCAUUGUUCAUGGCUCCGCGACUGCCAGGAACGAUCUUGUCACUCAGCUGCAGAUUACCCUUCAACAAACCGCAAACUUCGAUCUGAUGCAAGCGAUGAUCGAUGCAGAUAAAGAAAUCAGGAGGAAAGCCCGCAGCCGCUCACGUCGUGCUCCAGCUCCAGGCACCCUUCAAGCUUUUAUUUCCAGCAAUUUUAACUUGUCACGCGCCGAAGGCCUAGUGCUAGAUUAUGGAGUCGUUACAAGUCCGACCCUUUCUGCCCGGGGCAUCGAAAUGGAUUCUUCCGGCGAAAUCUCGGCCCAUAAUGCGCCAACCCCGUUUGGCCCACGACCAAUUGCCCUAUCUCCGGUUGUCGGAAAUGAAAUGUUUGAGAUUGUGGUGUCCGAUUUUGUGCCCAAUAGCUUUAUGUACCACGGGCAUCGGAUCGGAAUGUUUAACACACGAGUGGACCCGACCACGCCUCAUUUUGGGCCUACUAUGCGAACGACUUGUGAUUUAAAUUCGGGCUCCUUAUUCUGUGUUGGCGAUCUCUUCCCCACUCUCCGUGAUCAAUUCCCCGACAAGGAGCUUGUAUUCCUCUUCUCAACCCUGAAAGCACCCGCAGUCAUUGUUCACAAAGAAAAUGAUGGGGGAAUUGCAUUUGAUCUUCUUGGUUUGAUCCGAGUGCAACAAUAUGAUCCAGUGACGAAGAAAGAAACACCUAUUGGGGAGAUGGAAAUUCAGAUCACGGCACAAAUGAAGAUGAGGAUCACGAGUAAGGUGGUAAAAGGCAAAGUUCUGUUGGACAACAUAUUCUUGCGAACCCGAACGCCAAGUGUUCUCGUUCAAGAAGAGCUGGAUGAUGCAUCGCUGUUGUCACGUGAAAUCCUGCAACGAAUGGUCAACGACAUUAUCAAGCAGGGUGUCCCAAUCCCGGUUCACCCACUGUUUAGGCUCAAGAAGCCGACGAUGAGACUCGGCGAUCGUUCACUGAUCCUUGAGACUUCAUUCACCUUGAAUCGACGCCUAAUCAAUCAGUUGACUGCUGCCCAUUUGUCUUCUGCU